AUGGUGGCAAAGAGAGUCCUUUUCAGCCUUGGUCUCUUGGCCCUCUUUGUACUCCAAGGUUGUAGUGCUUAUGCUGGGUCUAGUUUUGUGAGGACAAGCGGAACCCAUUUUGUUUUGGAUGGGCGCUCAUUCUACUCCAAUGGGUUCAAUGCAUACUGGCUGAUGUUGAUGGCCUCCGACCCGACACAGAGAUAUAAGGUGUCAUCUGUUCUCCAACAAGCUUCCGAUUAUGGAAUGAGUGUGGUAAGGACGUGGGCCUUCAGCGAUGGUGGGAGCAAUCCCCUGCAGUACUCUCCAGGCUAUUACAAUGAGAACAUGUUUCAGGGCUUGGACUUUGUCAUCUCUGAGGCCAAGAAGCAUGGAGUGUUUCUCAUACUGAGUCUGGUGAAUAACUAUGCCGACUUUGGGGGAAGGAAGCAGUAUGUUCAGUGGGCGAAGGAAAGGGGAGCAGAUGUCUACUGGGAUAACGACUUCUACUGGCAUGAAGUUGUCAAGGGUUACUACAAGAAUCACGUCAAGACGGUCCUCACGAGGACCAACACUAUAACAGGAGUCGCAUACAAAGAUGAUCCCACCAUCUUUGCAUGGGAGCUUAUAAACGAACCCCGAUGUGAUGGCGACCUCUCUGGCAAGACAGUACAGAAUUGGAUUGCAGAGAUGGCUGCUUAUGUUAAAUCAAUAGAUAGCAACCACAUGCUUGAAGUUGGAUUAGAAGGAUUUUAUGGGGAGUCAAUGCCAGAAAGAAAGCAGUUCAACCCUGGCUAUGAGGUCGGCACUGAUUACAUCUCCAACAACAAGAUAUCUGAAAUUGACUUUGCCACCAUUCAUGUCUACCCUGAUCAAUGGAUUUCAGGCUCUGAUGAUGCUCAAAUGGCAUUCCUCCGAAGUUGGAUCCAAUCCCACAUUGAUGAUGCUGGCGCGAUACUUGGAAAACCACUCAUGAUCACGGAAUUUGGGAGAAAGACCGAGCAGGAUUCCUUCUAUUGGGCAGUGUACAACAUGAUCUACAACUCAGCCAGAGCUGGGGGACCAUGCGCAGGUGGAUUGUUCUGGCAAAUGCUGGCUCAAGGGAUGGAUAACUUUAGAGAUGGCUAUGAGAUAAUAUUUUCAGAAAGCCCCUCCAUGGCAAAUAUCAUUUCUCAGCAAUCCCAUAUGAUAGCUAGCCUUAGCUAG